AUGCAAACUCCAGAACAAGUUGACCAAGCCAUCCCUAAACUCACAACAAAAAUAGCUGCCCUCGUAAGCAGUAACACCCAUGUUACCAAUCCAAAAGAUCGAACCCGCAACCUGCCCAUCAACAUCCUAAACGCAAUCCACAAAAAUCGCAAACCGAGAAAAAACUGGCAACAUACAAGAAAUCCAGAUGUGAAGACACUACUCAACAGACAAACAACCCUAGUCCAUGACCUAAUGCACUCACACAGAGACAACGAAUGGGUCAACUUUCUGAGCAACAUCGACCCCACAAGUGAAAGCUGGACAAAUAUCUAUAAGCUAAACAUAAAACUCAUGCACAAACGACCAGCUGUACAUCCACUUUCAGACAAUCAAAAUAUUCUACGCUAUGAUGCAGUAGCCAAAUCGGAAAUAUUCGCUGAUUCGAUUGAAAAACAAUUCCAAACACCAGACCACACGACUCACACUGACGAAUGA